CUAUAUAUAGGGUUCAUCCCAAUUCGUCUAGGCGAAUCAACAUCAUCACCUUUUGUUCUAAUAAUGGCCGGAAUUCUCCUGAAACCAACUUCUUCAUUGCUCAUUGUCUUAACAUGCUUCUUCUCCUCUAGUGUUGCCACUAGUGGUGCUGGAAAGCCACAUCGCUUCUCCCGGACUCUAUUACCGGAGUCCGUGGGGCUAAAGCAGGAGGAGACUGCAACCCACCUUCACUUCUACUUCCAUGACAUUCUUGGUGGCACCAACCCAACUGCCGUCCCCAUUGUGGAAGCAGCAGCAACGAAGACAUCUGCCACAGCGUUUGGCCGGGUCAUAAUGAUGGAUGACCCAUUAACUGAAACUCUGGAGGCUACUUCGAAGCUUGUAGGGAGAUGUCAAGGAUUCUAUGCCUAUGCAUCACAAAGUGAGUUUAGCUUCUUAAUGGUCAUGAACUUUGCCUUCACAGAAGGGGAGUACAAUGGCAGCACGCUUAGUGUGUUAGGGAGAAACCCUGUUCAGUCGACGGUGAGGGAGAUGCCGGUGGUGGGAGGAACUGGGCUUUUCCGGUUCGCUCGAGGCUAUGCUCAGGCCGAGACUCGCACUUUCGACCUUAAAACUGGUGAUGCAGUUGUUGAAUACAAUGUAUUUGUAGUUCAUUAAUCCGUUAUUUAAGGGUCCAUGGCUUUCUCUUUCUA